AUGGCCGACAACGCUGCCGCUCCUGAGCUCCCUCCCGGUUGGGAUGCCGACCACUCCGGGAUCUCCAUCUUCGUCGUCGUUUUCUGUCUUUUCGUUUCCACUGUCAUGGUUGGCCUUCGAGUCUACACCAGGAGGGUAAUCAUCAACCAGAUGGGUAUUGAUGACUGGGCAGCUAUUGUCACCUUGUUAUUGGUCUACGGCGAUGGUAUCACCAUUGCGAUCACUACCCAGUACGGCCUUGGCAAGCACAUUUAUGCUAUUGACCCAACGUUGAUUCCGGGCUACCUCAAGUGCUUCUGGGUCAGCAUCGUGCUUUACUGUGCGGGCCUGCUUGCCGCCAAGCUCACCCUGCUGUUCCAGUACUACCGCAUCAUGGCCGUCCAGCACAUGCGCAAGAUCUACAUCGCCGCCAUCGUCAUCGUCACCGCCUGGGGUCUGUCUCAGCUCCUCAUCGGCCUUCUCAUGUGCCGCCCGAUCCAGGGCUUCUGGGACGCGUCCGUCGAGGCCAAGUGCAUCCCCAACUACCCCCAGUUCUACAUCAACGCCGCCGGCAACAUCGCCACCGACAUUGCCGUCUUCUUGCUCCCCCUCCCCGUCAUCAAGCAUCUCAACCUGCCCCGCACCCAGCGCCUGAUCUUGUUCGGUAUCUUCUCUCUCGGUUUCUUCACCGUCGCCAUCUCCGUCAUCCGCAUCAAGUAUCUCAAGGUCGCCGAGGACAUGACCUGGGAGAACGUCGAGUCCUCUGGCUGGUCCCUCGGUGAGCUCACCUCCGCGCUCACCUGCGCGUGCCUGCCCACUCUUCGACCCCUCGUCUCGCGCUUCAUCCCCGCCCUCGCCACCGCUCCUCAGCGCUCCACCAUGGGCUACAAGAAGAGCACCAACAACAUCGACCUCGAGUCCCGCCACACCCACCGCAAGAACACCUCCGUCGGCGGCUCCGUCGACGACAAGAACGGCGACCGCUACAACGUCCACCUCACCGAAAGCAAGGCGGAGACCGAUGAUGAGACGGAGGACGUGUACCAGACCAAGUCCUGA